GGGGAAUUCCUGGAAUGACAUGAUUUAAAAAAAAUUGUUUUUUAUUCAGUCUGGGCUUCACGAGUUGUGCGAAGCAGACGUGUUGAUUAAUUUUCAGGUAAAAUCAUGGCAAAAGAAAUUUCCAAUGGUAGGUAUGUGAAUCCACAUCCUCUCACAGAUACAAAGGUAGCAACUGUCCUGACUGGGCUAGCAGUUUCCGAUCUAAACAAUGAAACAAAGCUGCUGCUGCUGAUACUAUGCGUUCUAGUGUUUUGUGAAUCAGACACUAAUGAAAACGAAUCUGCAAAGUGUGCUGAAGAAAUUGUUGAUGCAAGUAAUGUUGAUGUAGAAUGUGAGGAAAUCGGUAAAGAAAUUCCUGUCAAUGAAAAUUUUAACGUCUUUGAUGAAAACCAAAAUCUUGUUCAAACAGAUAAAGUUGGUGAAAACGUCCAAAAAUUGGUUCCAGUUGAAAUGGUGGAACCUAUGACAGUUGCAGGAAUUGAAGCACCUUUCAAGAUAGAUGAUUUGUUAAUGUUCAAACUUUCUCAAAGGAUUAAGGACUGGAAGAAGUUUGCACUUUUACUUGGAUUAGACUUUGGACGAAUUGAGAACAUUAAUUGUGGUAAUGACAGGCUAUCUGAUAAAGUCCUCGAUGUUUUGGGAGUAUACUUUCAGCGAAAUGGUUUUCUGGACAAAAACAAAAUCUUUAUUGUUUUAAAUUUACUUGAAAGACAAGAUUUAUGUGCAACAGUUGGAUAUUUACUUCACACGUCAAAUGAAUAUGUCAUGUUAAGAACAUCAAGCAACCAUCCUCCUGUUGUAUGCAUUGAUCAAAUGAAAACAAUACACACGGCUACUGACAGAACGAUCUCGUACAGAUACUUCGAAUAAAAAUCUCUGCGGAGGAGAUUCCAUUAAUAAAAUUGUUUUAAAUUUUUUAAAUUUUCUAUUGGAUAGAGUAAUUAAUAAAUUGUUGACUUAUA